AUGGCAUCGCAGCAGGGCUGUGCCUUCAAUUAUGUUGUGACAGCACACAAGCCCACAAGCGUCACCCAGUCCAUCGUCGGGAAUUUCACGUCUCCUACCGAUAUAAAUCUGAUCAUAUCGAAAUGCACACGGAUCGAGAUACAUACUUUGACUCCAGAGGGCUUGAAGGGUGUUGCUGAUGUGGCCAUCUAUGGACGCGUUGCCACAAUGGAGCUCUUCAGGCCUGUGGGCGAGAGCAAAGACCUGCUCUUCCUGUCUACAGAGCGAUACAAAUUCUGCGUCUUGGAGUAUGAUUCUGAGACAGGGGAGCUGGUCACAAGGGCCAAUGGGGACAUCGAGGACCAGGUGGGAAGGCCGUGUGACAAUGGCCAGAUCGGCAUUGUUGACCCUGGCUGUCGGAUGAUUGGCCUACACCUCUAUGAUGGCCUCUUCAAGGUCAUCCCAAUUGAUGACAAGGGGCAGCUGCACGAGGCAUUCAACAUGCGCAUCGACGAGCUUAAUGUGAUCGACAUGAUCUUCCUGGAGGGCUGCGCCAAGCCCACCAUCGCGGUAUUGUACCAGGACAACAAAGAUGCCCGCCACAUCAAGACCUACGAGGUUGUCCUGAAGGAGAAGGAUCUGACGGAGGGUCCGUGGAGGCAGAGCAACCUGGAUGCAGGGGCGAGCCGGGUGAUAGCAGUGCCGGAGCCGCUGGGGGGUGCACUCGUGGUGGGCGAGUCAGUCAUUGCUUACAUGGGCCAGGGGCAGGCCAUGAAAUGCACGCCCAUCAAGGCCACCAUCAUCCGGGCGCAUGGCAGGGUGGACGAGGACGGCUCGCGCUACCUCCUGGGAGACUAUGUGGGCAACCUGUACCUGCUCGUGCUGCAGCAUGAUGGGGAGCAUGUGGCAGGGCUCAAGGUGGAACCACUGGGGCGCACCUCCGCGCCCUCCACACUCACUUACCUCGACAAUGGCGUCGUCUUUGUGGGCUCCUCUGGUGGCGACUCCCAGCUGGUGCGGCUGCACCCGACGCCGGUGACGCCGCAGGAGCCCAGCAACUUUGUGGAGGUGCUGGAGACGAUGACCAACCUGGGGCCCAUCAUCGACUUUGUUGUUGUGGACCUUGAGCGCCAAGGGCAGGGGCAGGUGGUGAUGUGCUCGGGAAUCAUGGCGGACGGGUCGCUGCGCAUUGUGCGCAAUGGUAUUGGCAUGAUAGAGCAGGCGACGGUGGAGCUGCCGGGCAUCAAGGGCAUGUGGGCGCUGCGAGCCUCCCACAUGGACGCCUUUGACACCUUCCUCGUCAUCUCCUUUGUGGGCGAGACCCGCAUACUCGCUAUCAAUGCAGACGAUGAGCUGGACGAAGCCGAGCUGCCUGGCUUCAGCGCUGACGCGCAGACGCUGUGCUGCGGCAACACGGUGAGCGACCACCUGGUGCAAGUGGCGGGCGCAGACGUGCGGCUGGUGGACGCCAGCACGCGCCAGCUCACCCACCAGUGGCGCCCGCCCGCAGGCCUCAACAUCAACGUCGCCUCCGUCAGCCCCACCCAGGCAAGCCCCUCCACUGCACACGGCAAUCUGGUGUAUCUAGAGCUGGGAGAGAGCGGCAUCGAGCAGAAGGGGCACGUGAAGCUGGACGCUGAGGUGGCAUGCGUCGACAUAUCUCCCCUGUCGGAAGACGGCGAGGCGGCCUCGCUGCUGGCUGUGGGCACGUGGGACAUGCGCGUGCACAUCUUCUCCCUGCCAGCCAUGGCCCCGCUGGUGUCAGAGCCCCUGGGCGGAGAAAUCAUUCCCCGAUCCGUGCUCUUUGCAGCGUUUGAGGGCGUGCCCUACCUGCUGUGCGCGAUGGGCGACGGGCAGCUGUACAACUUCCACGUGGACGAGGCGACGGGCGCGCUGGCCGACCGCAAGAAGAUCUGCCUGGGCACCAAGCCCAUCAUGCUGCGCAGCUUCCGCUCCAACGGCCAGUCCCACGUCUUCGCCGCCUCCGACCGUCCCACCGUCAUCUACUCCGCCAACAAGAAGCUCCUCUACUCCAACGUCAAUGAGAACGAGGUGAACUUCAUGACGAGCUUCAACAGCAGCAGCUUCCCGGACAGCCUGGCGCUGGCCAAGGAGGGCGCCAUGACCAUCGGCAGCAUCGACCAGAUCCAGAAGCUCCACAUCCGCACCGUGCCCCUCGGCGAGCAGCCGCGCCGCCUGGCGCAUCAGGAAGCCUCGCGCUCCUUCCUCGUCCUCACCUCCCCCAACAACGGCGCCACUGGCAUGGACGAUGCAGGCCCAGACAGCGUUCGGCUGCUGGACGACCAGACAUUCGAGACGCUGGACCGCUUUGGGCUGGAGACCAACGAGGUCUGUUGCGCGGCUGCAUCCAUGUCAUUCUCGGACGACCCCUGCCCCUACUACGUGGUCGGCACAGCCAUCACAGUCGCCGAGGAGCCUGAGCCCACCAAGGGGAGAAUACUUGUGUUUGGCGCCAAGGGCGGCAAGCUGAGCCUGGUGUGCGAAAAGGAGGUCAAGGGUGCUGCGUACAACCUUCACCCCUUCCAGGGGAAGUUGAUUGCAGGCAUCAACAGUCGCGUGCAGCUGUUCAAGUGGACACAGUCAGAGGAUGGCUCCAGGGAGCUCACCAACGAGUGCAGCCAUGUCGGCCACGUGCUCGCCCUCUACAUCGUCACCCGCGGCGACUUUGUGAUCGUUGGCGACCUGAUGCGGAGCUUGCAGCUGCUGAUAUACCGGGCGGACGAGGGGAUUUUGGAGGUGCGCGCGCGCGACUACAAGACGCACUGGAUGACGGCCGUGGAGGUGCUCGACGACGACACCUACCUGGGCGCAGAGAACUCCAACAACAUCUUCACGCUGCGCAAAAACACCGACGCAGCCGCCGACGAGGACCGCAACCGCCUUGAGACGGUUGGGCAGUACCACCUGGGAGUGUUUGUGAACCGCUUCCGGCACGGCUCGCUGGUCAUGAAGCUGCCGGACAGCGAGGCGGCCAAGAUCCCCACCGUCCUCUUCGUCACCAUCAACGGCUCCAUCGGCGUCAUAGCCUCCCUGCCCCAGCAGCAGUUCCAGUUCCUCAGCAGGCUACAGGAUUGCCUGAGGAAGGUGAUAAAGGGGGUGGGCGGCUUGAGCCACGUGGCCUGGCGCACAUUCCAGGACGAGCACACCAAGAUGCCCAGUCAGAACUUUGUGGACGGCGACCUCAUAGAGCAGUUCCUGGACCUCAAGCGGGACUCCAUGGAGCGCGUGGCACGCGAAAUGGGCGAGGGAGUCACCUCAGAAGAUUUGCUCAGAAUGGUGGAGGAGCUCAGCAGGAGCUGCCAUUAG